ACACAAACGAUUGUUGUUUGCUCGACAUGUUGUGGUGGGUCGUUGUCCACUCUUGCAUCCGUAUCUCCUUCGUUCUACCCAGGGUGUGAACUUGAGACUUGGAGACGUAUUCGAUAAGACCUGCAUGUAUUUGCGCUCCUCCGUGCAGUUGUCGACUCGCCUUUCCCGACUUCCUGUUCACGUAGCGCUGGACUGCGUUCACGUUCAAUUUUUGUACUCAGCGAAAGGAAAGAGCUCCUGACAUUUGUUGUCGGUGGACACCAGCUCGCCAUGGCCCAUAGAGGGAGCUUUGUCUCCAAUGGAACGCCGUUCCAGUUCAAGCUGGUGCUUCUGGGUGAAUCGGCGGUCGGGAAAUCCAGCUUGGCACUGAGGUUCGUCAAGGGACAAUUUCAAGAUUUCCAGGAGUCCACGAUCGGCGCCGCCUUUCUAACGAAGUCGAUGACGCUGGACGGUGGUCAGCUGGUGAAGUUUGAGAUCUGGGACACGGCAGGGCAGGAGCGUUACCACAGCCUCACGCCAAUGUACUAUCGAGGCGCGCCUGCCGCUGUCGUCAUGUAUGACAUCACCGAGCAGGAAUCGUUCAGCAAGGCGAAGAGUUGGGUGCUUGAGCUCAAACAGCAGGCAAGUCCUGAUAUCAGAAUCGCGCUGGCCGGAAACAAGCUGGAUCUAAACGCCACACGCAGCGUGUCAACAGAGGAGGGUAAAGCGUACGCUGAUGAGCAGGAUUUGCUGUUCUUCGAAACAUCGGCCAAGUCGAAUGCGAAUGUGAACGAGAUGUUCGCAGCAAUCGCAACGGAGAUACUGCGUGUGAACGGUGGUAGUGGAGGAACUGAUGAUCCUGACAAUUUACUACUCAGUACAGAUUCUAACCGAAAGGGAGGCUGCUGCCGGUGACGUUGGUAUGCGUGUGUGUAUGGGUGUGUAUGCGCAUGUGUGUGUGUGUGUGGUGUGUUUGAGUGCGGAUGUGCAUGUGCGCUUGUGUGUGUGUGUGUGUGUGUGUGUGUGUAUGAGCGUGUAUGUGUACGUGCGCUGGUGUGUGUGUGUGUAUGCGUGUGUGCAUGUGCCGUAGUGCCAACGGUAGCGGUAGCUGUCUGCCCACAACCAUCAGCGGUUUUUCUCGCUCUUUCUUCGUGCCAGACAAUACCUGUCCUGCCUCGUAUCCAGCUUUCUGUACGGUAACAUAGCAGUGACAUUGGACAUCGCAGCAGUAAGCUUGUUUGCACUGUCAUUGCCUAAUGCUACCGGCAAUAGCAGCAGCGGCGGCGGCAGCAGCACCGCCACCAGCAGCAGCGGCAGCAGCACCGCCACCAGCAGCAGCAGCACACCCGGUCCAACCCGGAUGGCUUCAUGCUGGCUCUCGGGAACCAAUUGCAUUUGUCUUCUCCAGCGCAGCGUGCUUUAACCUCAGACCUUUCGUACAUGUCGCUACCUCGUCCGCUAAGCCAUUGGUGCUUAUGCAGUGCUGGAGCGGUGCAGCUAGUUAACACUAUUAUGCGUGUAUCCAGUCACGGUGCCUGCAACACAUGGGUCUUGCCUCGCUAUAUUCCAACCUAGGUAGAUUGACUUUCCGCAAUAUCGCCGCCGCAUGCACAUCCGGAUCAGAUGAAGAAACCAGCAGCGCCUGGCGUCAUCCCCCCUCCCUGCUCUAUCACUGGUAUCAGGUUGUCGCUCCCCAUCUAUCUAUCCUUUUUCUCUCUAUCUCCCACUCUAUCUCUCUGUCUGUCUGAUGGUCUAUCUCACCUCCCUACUUACUUACACGCGCAGCACGCCAAACUCGCGACAAAUUAAUUUCUUACUAUUUAUGAGAUGAAUUUAUUCGGUCCUCCGGCAUGAGUCUUUUUCUACCGCUCUGCAUGUGCACUGCCACUGUGGGUUUUAUUCGCUGCUGCACGCUUUACGCCGAUGUGUUGCUAGACGUCUUGUUGCGCAAAAGUCCUCCGCACGAUUGCUAGAGCUACACAAGGUGUGUGCGUGCUUUGUUGUUUACUAUGCCUGGUUGCUCAUGGCUGUGGUUUGCUGGACUAACUAGCUAGCUAGCUGAUCCUUGCGUGCGCUGCGGUGUAUUUUUUCAGGCCUAAGCCCGCUCCCCCUUACUCUUGCGCUCUUGUAAUUGUUGUUGUUGUUGCCAUUUGUUGUUGUAUAUCUAGCCGCUGUGAAGCCAGACAAUUCAGCCGGGUCUUUUUACUUUUGUAGACUUCAUAGAAUUGAAACCUGCGAAAACGAUAAUUAUGCUUUUAGGUGAUGCUGGUCACAUCGUGCCCGUUUGCAGAAGCUGACUAAUUUCUAUGAAAAUGUGCCGUAAACAUUUCUUCAUCAUGGAAAUGCGAAUUCAAGAAAAAGCCCAGCUUCGUGUUUGGGUUUUUUGGUAUGCUAUAACGUAACCCAGCUCCGCAUUGUGAUGUUCAAGUUCAUGAUUCUAUCCUUGACCAACUCUUAUACGUCAGCAUUUUUUCAAUAGCCAUGUGCUUGUGUGCAGUUUGAAUUCACUACCCUUUUUUUGAGUGCCUCAUGUUUCUUCUGUGCCCAGUUGAUUUGCCAAAUUUGUGACGUAGUACUGUACUCGCGUGUUAUUUCCUCCGUGCAUGUGUACGGAAAGAGCGCUGCUGAAGUGUGUCCGUGUGUUUGCUGCUACUCGUCUAUGUUGUGACAUCCGUAGUAACUUA